GUCCCAACUUCAAAGCCCAGACUUUGCAACGGAAAUUCUCAGAUUGUCGUCACAUGCUUCUAUGAAACUACCUCCGUCUGAGCAACUUCAUGAAUAUUGGAAGUUGGAAGACUGCACCUCUUUCAUGGGAAGGCUAGACUAUUAAAAAGUCUUUUUUUUUUUUUAUUUCUUUUUAUGUUAUAGCCUAAUUGGUUUGGUGUGGUCUUCUGCUUCAUUGGCAUCGGCCAUGCAUGGUCUUGACCCUCCUAAGUCCUGACCACCUACCACCUACCCCUACCUGUCAUUCUUCCUUUCCGCUCUCUGUUUGCUUCCAAGUUCACACCUUUCACAGACACCCAGGAACGACAGAGGUGUGACAGGCAGUAGUCUUGAAUCUUGAUUCCGCCAUGUCUGAUAUCAUUAAAGAAUCUUGGGGAAAAUAUCUGCUACAACUGCAACUCCAUCCUCUUAGAACCAAGGCAAUUACUGCUGGCGUUUUAGCUGGAUGUAGUGAUGCAAUUGCCCAGAAGAUUUCUGGAGUCAAAAAGCUUCAACUAAGAAGAUUACUUCUUAUAAUGCUUUAUGGGUUUGCAUACUCGGGACCGUUUGGGCACUUUCUGCACAAGCUGAUGGACAUCAUCUUCAAGGGAAAGAAGGGCAACAAAACGGUUGCUAAGAAGGUGAUUUUGGAACAAUUAACUUCAUCUCCUUGGAACAACAUGUUUUUCAUGAUGUACUAUGGUCUUAUAGUUGAAGGAAGACCAUGGGGCUUAGUCCAGAAAAAAGUCCAGAAGGACUAUCCUCCUGUCCAGUUGACUGCAUGGAAGUUUUGGCCUAUAGUAGCUUGGGUGAACUACCAGUAUAUGCCUUUGCAACUCCGUGUCUUGUUCCAUAGCCUUGUUGCUUCAUGCUGGGCAAUAUUUCUGAAUCUAAAGGCAAGAUCUGUUGCUAUAAAGAAGGCAUAGGAGGUGGAUGCCCAAUUUCGCUUUGGAAAUUCUAUUUAAUUCUUGGAAAACUAUUAGUAUCAUGUAAUGCUUAUAUAAUCUGCUUAAAGACUACAGAGAGACAAAGGUUGUUUGUUAUGAGGCUAAUGGAAGCUAAUUUCUUAGUUCA